AUGUUCACCCUGGAGAGGUUACCAAGAAGGUUGGACUCCAAGAUUUGGACACACAUGCUCAAGGGGAGAGAGGAGAUUGACAAAUAUCUUAUCUGGGAACUGGGAAAGGGAGAGAUCAACUUCUGGAAGGAUAAUUGGUGCCCUGCUAAUCAAUUGGAGCCCCUACAGAAUGGAAAAGAUGAAGAAUUACUGGUUAAAGACUGUUGGAAUGGCAAUGAGUGGUUUGAGGAUGCCUUGAAAAAAAUCUUGAAAGAUUCUGCUGCUAGAAAUGAUAUUUUGAAGCUGAAAGGAUUGAAAGGCCCCUCAAGAUGUCACAUAUUCAACAAUAAUCAAGAAUCUAGUGAUCAUCUCUUUUUCUGGUGCAAUUUUGCUAUGGAGGUUUGGAACAAGCUGAACUCUAACAGUAACCUGAACCUGUUGAAUGUGGGCUGGGGCAAUUUAAAAGAUAGUUUGAGAGACUGGCAGGAAAUUAACCUGAUGCCUCUUCCCUUCAUUGUUGCUUGGUUUAUUUGGAAUGCUAGAAACAAGGUGAAGCAUGAGGAUAGUGUGUCUCCUUCUGAUUCUAUGGCAACUAACUGCCAGUCCUAUUUACAUAAGCUGAUCAAUUGGAAGAAGUUCCCUCAGAUAUUGAAGUAUAUGACCAAUAUUGAUUUUAAACACUCUAUUGUUAUUAAGGUUAGAUGGGAAAAGCCUCCUCAUCCUUUCAUUAAAAUAAAAACUGAUGGAAACUUCACAAAUAAGAGAGCUGGUAUUGGAGGUAUUUUCAGAGAUCACACAGGCAAAGUUUUGCUUUAUUUUAAGGCCCCCUACAUUGCUGAAGAUGCUUUGAAAACAGAAGCUGUUGCUCUUCACUGGGCUUUAAAAUUUGCUAAGGAAGUCAAGUGGAAUUGUAUUAUUGCUGAAGUAGACUCUUCACACCUGGUGGAGCUAGUCACUGCCACCCCUUCCCCCCUUGGCACAUAA